AUGACGGCAGCGGUGUUUUUUGGUUGUACCUUCAUUGCCUUCGGCCCUGCCAUCUCUCUGUUCCUGUUUACCAUCGCCCGGGAGCCUCUGCGAGUUAUCUUCCUCAUAGCAGGGGCAUUUUUCUGGCUCGUGUCCCUCCUGCUCUCCUCUCUGGUUUGGUUCAUCUCUGUUCAAAUAAGUAAUAAGGACAGUGCAGCUCAGCAGAAAGGCCUCCUCAUUUUUGGCGUUGUGCUGUCAGUCCUCCUGCAGGAAACUUUCCGCUUUGCUUACUAUAAACUGUUGAAGAAAGCAAAUGAAGGUCUUCUCACCCUCAGUCAGGAGGAAACUAUGCCCAUCUCCAUACGACAACUGGCCUACGUGUCUGGCCUUGGCUUUGGAUUCAUGAGUGGCGCAUUCUCCGUGGUGAACAUUCUGGCUGACUCUGUUGGCCCUGGCACUAUUGGAAUCCAUGGGGACUCGCAGCACUACUUCCUGUCUUCAGCAUUCAUGACAAUGGCCAUUAUCCUUCUCCACAUGUUCUGGGGUGUGGUUUUCUUUGAUGCCUGUGAAAAGCAGCAAUGGUGGGCAGUUGCUGCUGUUGUUAUCAGCCACCUGGUCGUUUCUUGUCUGACUUUCCAGAAUCCGGAGUAUGUUGCCAGCUUGGUUCCUACCUAUGUUAUUUUGUUCCUCAUGGGCGUGUGGGCCUUUUACUCUGCUGGAGGGUCUUUCAGGAACCUCAAACUUUGCCUGACCUGUAAAGACAAAGAUUUUUUGCUAGCCAAUCACAGGGCCAGAUAA